AUGCAUCUCACCAACCUGGCACCCAUCCUCUUCCUCACCCUCGCAGCAGGUAUCUCUCAAUACCAUCAACCUAACAAAGUACUCUGUACUAACGAAAUAGCAUCCCCCGGCUGCCCCAACAACCUUUGCGGCGACAAACCCUGUCCCUCCCCGAGCACCUGCACAACCUACACCCGCACCUCACCCUCCUCAACCCUAACAACUUGCAUCCCCGCCCCAACCUGUCUAGGGGUAUACCAAUCCUGCUCCUUCGGUACCGGCCUCACCUGCUGCUCGGGGUACUGCGCCGCGACGAAAUGCCGGCCCACGAAUCCCAAGUGGCCGGGCUGCGCCGAGGAUUUCCAGUUGUGUGGAAGUGAUGCGGACUGUUGCUAUAGUGGGAGUAAAUGUCUCGAAGGGAUUUGCCGGAGGGUUAACAACGGCGCCUAG